CGUCGAUAGUAAGUAUGGAAGACUGGUUUAAAGAUGUCGGCGGUCGUGGUUACUCGUUGUUUAAUUAAACGGCUGUUUAAUUUAUCGGGAUUAAAACAGUUAUCGUGCAGUCAGCAGCAGAGAAACACAUCAUGGAAACCAGUGGAUAAACCUGAGCCAGGUGUGAAGGGAAAAUCGUAUCGCCGCAUCGUUCAUUUCCCUGAAGAAUACACGAUCAAACCAUUGGAGGUUACUAACCUAGCUGGUAGAGAUCCCGUCUCAGGCAGACUGGUGGCAAAGGGUAUUGGAGGUGGUAUAAAGCACAAGUAUCACUGGAUAGACUGGUGCAGAGACGGUCCAACUGAUGAGAAUGAGAAGCCUAAAGAGGAAAGAGUUUUGCAAAUAAUUAAGGAUGGUUGCAGGACAGCAUUUAUCGCACUUGUGGCUAGCGGUCAGAAGCUAAAAUAUAUUUUGGCUACGGAAAAUAUGAAACCAGGUGAUCUAAUCCGUACGUCCAAAGCCUUACCUCGCAUUCCUGUGAGAGCUUUUGAAGGAGAUGCUUAUCCUCUGGGAGCCUUGCCUAACGGCACGCUUGUUCACUGUGUUGAGAAAUACCCCGGAGCUGGAGGAUGUUUGAUUCAUGCUGCUGGUACCUUUGGAACAAUUCUUCGUCGUGAUGGUGACGAUAGAGUUAUAGUUCGAAUGCCUAGUAAGAAGGAGUUCAGUCUGUACCGAACAUGUAUGGCAACGGUAGGUAGGCUCUCCAACAUACCCCAUGGCACCACCCCCAUUGGCAGUGCGCAGAGAAAUCGAGAACUUGGCAAUCGCCCCAGAAGUGGUUUGUGGCAACGCAAAAGUGGACGGCAUGGUCGCAAGAUCCGUCCCCCACCUCCUGUGAGACGUUUUGGCGGUGAUGACAAACCAAUAGAAGAUCAAUAUGUUAAAAUGACCUUGCACGUAUAAAUACAAAGUGUGUAGCAAUAAAUGAAAGAUGGUAAUGUAAAUGAUUUUCAUUGUUUUGUUAUAAGUUCGCCUGAAUUUGAAAAAAUGAAAUUUUUCAUUCCGCUUUCUGCAGUUGCCCGAUUUGUAAUAAAAAAUGGUAGUGUUAGAGAUGAAGCUAAAUACCAUAACUUCAUCGUGGAACGAAGCACAAUUAGACAAAACUAGUGGUUCAUAAAAAAUAGCUGAAUAAACUUACGAGCAUUUAAUAAUAUGAGUCAGCUACAACAAUAAUCCCUGCAAUUGUACAUAAAAUUUCCAGCAAUUCUUAUUUGUUAAAUAAAUAGAAAAACUUAACAGA